AUCACGCAUACAAUUUGAGCAAACCGAUGACCAAAUCUAUCAAUGAAAAAUACAAUAACUACGUGCAAUACAUGAAUCAAAUAGACACUUCUAGAAUGGCAGAUGCUUACAACUCCGCCAUUUAUGGUGCACGUGACAUCAUCAACUCACAGUUAUCACCUUUAAAGACAAAUAGGGUUUAUUAUCAGGGUUAUAAUGCAUACAAAUACUGGGAGAUCCGGGAAAAUACAGAAAUGGUUGGAAAGGCUGUAGCUGAAUGGGUGAAAGAAGAAAUUGAAAAAGAACUAUCUGAUCUCAAAGCUUUCGUCUUGAAUCUUAUGAAAACCAAAGUUACAGUUUAUGAUCCCAGUAACGGAGAAAUUCAAAUGGAAUUGCAUCUCCCAGUUCCUCUUAAAUCACUCGAUGUGAUUCCAAAAGUUGACAUUGUUCCAUUUGUAACCAGAGCAAAAUCUUUCAUUCCAAGCAUGUCUUCGUUGUCAAUGCCAUCUACUGAUAUAACAUCAUGGCUUCCACCUUUCGAUGCCAUGGCAACAAUCGAGGGAAAUAAAAUUACAACAUUUGAUGGUGUGACAUAUGACCUUGACAACAGCUGUACAUUUAUGCUUGCUCGUGACUAUGUCAAUUCCAACUUCUCCGUAGUUCUCAACAGGAAUGGCAACAACAAGACCAUAGUUAUCAUCAAUGGUCAAACUUCAAUCAAAAUAUUCUCAAAUGGAAAGGUAACAAUUAACAACAAACAAAUUGAUCUUCCCGCUAUUGUUAAUGAUGUAUCACUUACAUCCCUUGAUGGUCACGUGUCUGUUAAUGUUGCUGGACAUCUGAAUGUUGACUACUACCAGGACCUCGAUACAUACAUGGUCAAAUUAAACGGAUACUAUUACGGCAAAACCAACGGUCUUUUGGGCUCCUAUGACAACGAACCAUCUAAUGAUAUGAUGACGUCAUUUGGAAAGGUCACAGACUCAGCUGAGAGAUUCGCCAAGACCUGGGACGUCGGAUCAGAACGAUGCCGUUAAGACAAAAAACUUUUAAAUGACCCCAACAAACGGACUCAAAUGAGAUAAAAAAAAAUUGAUUAAACUUGAUUAUAUUUAUUUGAUUUAUUUUCAAAAAACACUGAUUCUAAUAAGUUUCACAGUUUUCUAAACAUUUCACAAGAACUAUUUUAAUAUUUUUAAAAAGGUUAUGUUUAUGAACUAUAUGAUGUAUGUCAGCUUUUUACCACUGUGGUUAUGAUAAAUGUACUCUCGGUAUACAAACACGCUUCAAAUAAAAUUAAAAACAAUAAUGACUUACAACACUGUUUAUGAAAUCAACUCAAUAAAACCAUUCAAAAGCAUA